GACUGCACGUCCCCGGAGGAGCGGGCCAAGCUCAAGAGCGAGCAGGACUACGCCGUGCGCAUCCUUCCCCUGGUCCGUGAGCACCACCUGCUUCUGGUCACGUUGCUCCUCUUCAACACCGUGGCCAACGAGGCUCUGCCGGUCUUCUUGGACAGGCUCCUGCCUUCCUGGGCUGCGGUCUUGCUGUCGGUGAGCGUUGUCCUUAUUUGUGGCGAGAUCCUGCCUUCGGCAGUCUUCACCGGCCCGAACCAGUUUGCCAUCGCAUCGGCGCUGGUGCCCUUGGUCCAGGUCUUGCAGGUCCUCUUCUUCCCGGUCGCCCGGCCCAUUGCCAACGUCUUGGACCAAAUGUUCAAAGACGAG